CGCCCACGAUGAGCUACGUCCAGCAAGCCCCGGACCACGACUCGCGCCCUCUCCCUGACGGCUGGAUCACCCAGUUUGACGCAAAUCACGGUCGCAGCUUCUGGGUCGACACAAAGGCCAAUCUGCCUCGAUCCAUCUGGACCCACCCCCUCGACGACCCCGACUACCAGCGCACCCACGGCGGCGGCUCGUCGAGCACGUUUGCCCCUCCUCCUGGCCCUCCUCCCUCGCACCACCUCGCCAGCUCAAACUCGCACUCGAACAGCAGCUACGGCAACAGCUACGGCACCGACAUUAAGUCGUCGACGCCAGCACCUCCUCUCGGCGCAUCUACGGGCCAGCGCGACUCGUACGGCGGCGGCGGUUACCCUCAGUCGACCAGCUCGCCUGCGCCCAACUCGUACCAGUACCAGCAGCCGCCGCCUCAACAGCAGCAGCAGAAGUCGGGCGCGAGCGGCCUGUUUGGCAAGAUCAAGAGCAAGCUCGACGAGAAGAAGGCCCAGCAGCAGAGGCCGUACGGCGGGCAGCAGGGCUACGGUGGGCAGCCGAUGUAUGGCCAGCAGCCGAUGGGUGGCGGCAUGAUGGGCGGUGGACGCAUGGGCGGCGGCAUGAUGGGCGGAGGUGGGAGGAUGGGCGGCGGCGGCAUGAACCCGGCCCUCAUGCUCGGUGGCGGUCUCCUCGGUGGCGCCCUCAUUGGCGGCGCACUCGCCGACGGCCAGAACGACGCUUACCAGGAUGGCUACCAGGACGGUCAAGACGGUGGCGACUUUGGCGGCGGCGACGACAUGGGCGGCGGCGACUUCUAGUCGCGUCGUCGUUUCGAGGCGCACGGACCUCGCCUGCGCUCGCCGCAGCAGGACGCCCGAGCGACCAUCUUCCAUCUUACUCGACCCUGUACCACUUCGCUCUCUUAUUCUCUCAUGUGUAGCUCUCGCAACCAACUUGUUCGCACGCUCCCUUCCUCUC